AUAGAAACAACUUAAUCAUAACAGAAAAAUCAGCAAAACCAACUCAUAAGUUGCCUUCUAGUAAAUAAGAAUAACAUAAGAAGUUUUGAUACUUCUUAUGAAUUUCUUACGAACCCUCUUAUAAAAAUCUUAUAAGAUUCUUAUAAGACACUUACGACUGUCGAUGAGAAAAUCUUAAACAAUCUUAUGUAAGAAACUGAUAAGAUUCUUAUCGAAAUCCUAUCAGUUUUAUCAAAAAAAUUGUGUCUGAGGGUAACUACUUCUGAAUUGCAACGAAAUAUAACAUAUGAAUAAUUAAAAUUCGAUAGAUACAAUUGUUUUCAAAAAUUAAAUAUUAAAAAAUUUUUCCACUAUUUAGAUAUAUUGUCUAAUCCGCCCAAACAAUUUCUUCAAAUAUUAUCCCAAGUUCAAGAUUUAUAUCAAACGGCUCAAACAUUUGAUUCUGAUUCUGAAAAUAUACGAAAAUUAUAUGACUUUGCUCACCAAACAAAAGACUAUGCUAGUAUCACAGAUGAAAAUUUUAAUAAGAUCAUCUUAAAAAAUGAAGAUGUUGUCACAUUAGUUGAUCGUGGUGGUCGAUUAAGAUGUCGAUUGUUUCUCUAUCCAGAUUCAAUCGUUUGUUGUACAGUUAAACAAAGAUUAUUAGUCA